GCUGCCCGAUCGUUACUUAGGUGGCAGGGAAGGUGCGAUCGAGAGGCAAGGGCUGAUCGAUUGAAGUUGCCUGGCUUCUUGCGUGCGCUGUGCGCUGCGGGCUCUUCGCGCCUGCGUAGUGCGCCCCCCUCCCUUUCUGCCUCCUCUGCCGCCAUGGCGCCUGUGAAAAAGCUUGUGGCCAAGGGGGGCAAAAAAAAGAAGCAGGUUUUGAAGUUCACCCUCGACUGUACUCACCCUGUAGAAGAUGGAAUCAUGGAUGCUGCCAAUUUUGAGCAGUUCCUCCAGGAGAGAAUCAAGGUGAACGGGAAAGCUGGCAACCUUGGCGGAGGGGUUGUGACCAUUGAGCGGAGCAAGAGCAAGAUCACUGUCACUUCCGAGGUGCCUUUCUCCAAAAGGUAUUUGAAAUAUCUCACCAAAAAAUAUUUGAAGAAGAACAACCUCCGGGACUGGCUGCGUGUUGUGGCCAACAGCAAAGAGAGUUAUGAGCUGCGCUACUUCCAGAUUAACCAGGAUGAAGAGGAGGAGGAGGACGAGGAUUAAGACACAUUGGUCUGCAAUGUUUUGUAUUAAUUCAUAAAUAAAAUUUAGGAACAAAACCCGGUGGUUUAUCCUUGCAUGUCUGCAGUGCGGAUUGGACAGGAAUUUGGAAAUGACAGGGACUGGCUUUAGCCGAGCUGCUGCUCAUUUGUAUAUAGACACUUUUUUCCUGCUCAGAAACUUCAGUUCUCCAGUAGUGAUGCCCAGACAGAAGAACCAGGCUAAGGGGUUCAUGUGGUGGUGAGCCCCGGCCAGCCUGAGUCUUAAGAGCCUGGUGGUUGGUUCCAUCUGGUGCCUGUCUCAGAAGAAGGUACAGUGUGGUGCUCCUCAGUAGAAGCAAACAGGUGAUUUCUUUGUGUGAAAUUUUUUUUUCUGGGACAAUGGCAGCCAAUAAGACAGGUUUCAGGGACUUUUGUCUCCGGGUCUGAACACAAGUUGCUCAUAGUUGUGUGUACUAACCUUCCUAUUGAAUUAAGGAGGUCUUUCAGUGUUACUGCUGCGUAUUCUGCCCUUUAUAAAAAGAUCUGUAAGUAUGCUGGGCACCCAUGCUUUUAGGUGUCUGAGCCAGAGGUCAACAAGGGCUUGUAGGGAAAAUAAAACAAAGCCCAUAGCUUGUGCAAGUCUGCAACAAGCUGUUUGUCUAGCCUCCAGCAGAGGGCGAGGAAGACGUUCCCAGUAGGCUUCCAGAUGUUCCCAGUAGGGGGAGCCCCUCCAGGCCCAGGGCUCAGGAGGCUUCUAGGGAGGGAGCUCCAGGACUGGUGGAGGAGGGCCUUGGAUGGGCUUCCUAAGCUGUCACAACUGGACUUUGAUAGGAGUUGUAGUCUGGGACCAUAGCCCAGUGGUAGAACUCUUGGCUAAUGUGCUCCAGGUUUAAACCUCAUCACUGCAGAAGUCAUUCCAGGCUGUGUGUACCUACAGGGUACUGGGCAUGGAAGGCCUUGUGGGGUUUUCUUGCCAGUGUGUGUGCCUGGAGAACUGGCUGGUGGGAAGACUCUGAAAGGUGGGAAUUGUCUUCAUCCAGGGUUACUCUGGAAGAGUUAGUUCCCAACGCUGCAGGGUGCUCUUCUUGCUUCCUAAUAACAGUAUGCAAUGCCUAAGGGCCCGCUUACAGCUAGCUGCUGGCCACACUGAGGCCUGGAUGUCAAAAGUCCACAAGCUCUGCCCAGCCUCCAAGCAAACACUUGGUCCUUGGAUCGAGUUUAAGCUGUGGAGGCUUUGCAAUCCCCCUGUGGCAAAGGCUCCGGUGUUUUCUAUUUCUAUGCAAAUUUCUUGAAGCAGAACUGUUACUGUCUCCUCUGCCCUUGGAGGAGCCAUUUCCUUCCAACUUCAGGUGCAGCCCCUUGUGAUUAGCCAUCUUAAGUUUGUGACUUGGGUUUGCAGAUCUCAAUUUGUUACAUUGGCGGACCAUGUGGUGGUUUUUAGUUCGGCUGUAAAAAACAUUAACCCUGGGUUGAUUAGCAUAUGCUUCUAAAAGAUGGUCCCAGAUUUUGAAACUUGUAAUGGAAACUCGCUGGUUUUUAUGCCUUUCUAACUCUUGUAUUUGAAUGAAUGUUGAUCACUUUUUAUAUUAAAGUGGCUGA